AUGCCACAAGCUUUUAGAACCAUACUGAGUCACGCGGAAUCGUAUCUGGGCUGCUGGUGCCUCCUGGGAUUCAGACUUCGCAUGACUCCGAUACGCACCUUUCCUAGCAAUUCAAUUUUUCAGCGACCUUUCAGCUCUGCUAGUCGGGACAGAGUAAAUACUAGCCACAUAACGAUGGCAGUUGCAGUAGAUGCUUCUCGCUUUGAAGGAGUGCCAAUGGCCCCUCCAGACCCGAUUCUUGGGGUUUCGGAAGCAUUUAAAGCAGACACAAGUGAUCUGAAGCUCAACCUUGGCGUUGGUGCCUAUAGAACGGAAGAGCUACAGCCCGCUGUCCUCAAUGUUGUCAAGAAGGCUGAAAAACUUAUGUUGGAGAAAGGAGAAAACAAGGAGUAUCUGCCUAUUGAAGGCUUCGCUGCAUUUAACAAAGCAACUGCAGAUCUAUUGCUUGGAGCUGACAAUCCUGUCAUCAAGCAAGGACGGGUUGCUACUCUUCAGUCUCUCUCAGGGACUGGAUCAUUACGCCUUGCUGCAGCUUUUAUUCAGAGAUACUUCCCUGAUGCGAAAGUACUUAUAUCAUCUCCCACAUGGGGAAACCACAAAAACAUAUUCAAUGAUGCGAGGGUACCAUGGUCAGAAUACCGGUAUUAUGAUCCCAGGACUGUUGGGCUGGAUUUUGAAGGAAUGAUAGCUGACAUACAGGCUGCCCCAGAGGGGUCUUUUGUUCUGCUACAUGGUUGUGCUCACAAUCCAACUGGAAUUGACCCAACUCCUGAACAGUGGGAGAAACUGGCAGAUGUGAUUGAAGAGAAAAAGCAUAUGCCUUUCUUUGAUGUUGCCUAUCAGGGUUUUGCCAGUGGAAGCCUUGAUGAAGAUGCAUCUUCUGUCAGGCUGUUUGUUAAGCGUGGUCUGGAAGUGUUUGUUGCACAGUCUUACAGCAAGAACCUUGGUCUAUAUGCAGAAAGGAUCGGUGCGAUAAAUGUCAUUUGCUCAGCACCGGAAGUUGCAGAUAGGGUGAAGAGCCAGUUGAAGCGAUUGGCACGGCCCAUGUACUCAAACCCACCUAUUCACGGUGCCAAGAUCGUCGCCAACGUUGUUGGAGACCCUACCAUGUUCGGUGAGUGGAAAGAAGAGAUGGAACAAAUGGCCGGUCGGAUCAAGAACGUUCGGCAGAAGCUUUACGAUAGCUUGACUGCAAAGGAUCAGUCUGGCAAGGACUGGUCUUUCAUUCUGAGCCAGAUAGGCAUGUUCUCGUUCACAGGCUUGAACAGACCCCAGAGCGAUAACAUGACCGAUAAAUGGCACAUAUACAUGACCAAGGACGGGAGGAUUUCGUUGGCGGGGUUGAACCUGGCGAAGUGCGAGUACCUUGCCGAUGCCAUCAUCGACUCCUUCCACAAUGUCAACUAG